GCCACGCCUUCAUAACGGCUCCGCUUCCUCCAACACUACAUCCACCCGAUUCACUCGCUCUCUCUCCCCCUCUCUCUCUCUCUCCCGGACUCCCUAGCCGGCCGCCGGAAAAUCAAGAACCGCCCCGACCCGUCGAAAAUCCGGGUCUUUUCUACGCCGGAGAAAGAACGACGCAUGGAGGCGGAGAAGAUAUGGGGCGCGAUGCAGGGGCUGAAGCCGGCGUUCUUGAUGGUGGUGGUGCAGGCGGUGUUCGCCGGCGUUAACGUCCUGUACAAAAUCGCGGCCUCCGACGGGAUGAAUCUCAGUGUUCUGGUCUGUUACCGGUUCCUCUUCGCCACCGGAUUCAUCGUCCCCGUCGCUUUACUCGCCGAAAGAAACAAGAGGCCAAAGCUAACAUGGACAAUUGUGUUGCUAGCAUUUCUCUGUGGUCUGUUUGGAGGAUCACUAGGGCAGAAUUUGUAUUUACAGAGUUUGGUAUACACUUCAGCAACAUAUGCAACUGCCAUCUUUAAUCUCAUCCCUGGGAUUACAUUCAUUGUUGCUGUCACUUUUAGGUUGGAGAGGUUGGGUUGGAAAACAGCAUCAGGCAAAGCAAAGGUUUUGGGAACAGUGUUUGGGAUUGGUGGGGCCAUGCUUUUGACCUUCUACAAAGGACCAGAGCUCAACCUAUGGAGGACCAAUAUUCACCUGUUGCACAGCUCACCACAUAACUCUAAUGUUCAGAGUAAACCUCUUCUGGGCACUCUUCUGGCCUUGAUUGGCUGUGUUUGCUACUCCUGCUGGUUGAUUCUCCAGGCAAAGGCCGCAGAGCGUUUCCCAUGCCCAUACUCGUUCACAGCUCUAACGAUGGUGUUCGGGUCGGUUCAAGCGUUUAUAUAUGCAAUAUGUAGGGAGAGGGAUUUGAGGGAGUGGAAGUUAGGGUGGAAUAUCAGGCUCCUUGCUGCUGCAUAUGCUGGGAUUAUGGGUUCAGGGCUGAUGUUCACGGUGAUAGCGUGGGCCGUGCGCAUGAAGGGUCCCGUGUACGUCUCGGUUUUCAACCCGUUGAUGCUCGUCAUGGUCGCGCUUGCUGGCUCGUUGUGCUUGGAUGAGAGGCUACAUUUGGGAACAUUGCUUGGGGCUGGUUUGAUCAUAACAGGACUAUACAUUGUGCUAUGGGGGAAGGGGAGAGAGAUGAAGAGAGUGAGCCAGCUGGUGCCCGCGGUCGGGAGCGAGACGACGGAGGGCAAAGUUGGGCAGGUCGAGAUAGAUAUAAUAACGCCCACUCCGUCGUCCCGGAAAGACGGGAGCUGCCACGUCAGCAGCAGGAAGUCCAGCAUGGACAUGAGGAGAGAUAACUGCAGUUUGGAAGGAGGAGGAGGGGAAGAAGAAGGGAUUCUUGCAGAGGGAGGAAGGCCUUCUCUCACUGGUUCUGAGGAUGAUGAGGCGGCAAAGCUUGAAAGCGGCGGUGCUGAUGGUAACGGUGGAGGCGGUUUUGACGGGCGUGAACGUGAUGCUGAAGUUGGCCGCUUCCGAUGGAAUGAGCCUCAGCGUUCUCGUCUUCUACCGCUUCUUUUUCGCCGCCCUCUUCAUCUCUCCCCUCGCCUUCCUCCUCGAAAGGUCGCUCCAUCAUCUUCUAAUAUCACCAAAGACACCCAGGUGAUCCAGCUUCAUGCAAAAUCUCACUUUCCGAUCAAAUUGGUCUCUACCAAUUUCUUGAUCUGGCAACGUCAGGUCCGUUCAACUCUCAUCGGACUUGAUCUUCUGGGCUACAUUGACGGCACACUUGCUGCCCCGGCUCCAACAGUCAACGACGCGAUCAAUCCUUGCUACUCAAUUUGGUUCCGACAAGACCAGUCCAUUGUGGGUGCUCUUCUCGGUAGUUGUUCUGAUCAGAAUUUGUACUUCGAGAGCUUGGUGUACACUUCGGCAACCUAUGUCACAGCUAUUUUUAACUUCGCUCCAGCUUUUACCUUCAUCAUUGCUGUCACACUCAGGGUGGAAGAGUUGGGGUUGAAGACAGCGGCGGGGAGAGCAAAGGUAUUGGGGACCAUAUUAUGCAUCGGCGGGGCAAUGCUCCUCACUUUUUACCACGGCCCAAAGUUCACCCUAUGGAAACCUCCCAUUCACCUUCUCCGCCGCCAUACCCCUCCUCCGCACGCGGUGGCGGCGGCACAAAGUAGCAAGCCAUUGUUGGGCUGUGUUCUGGCCGUGCUUGCAGUUCUUUUGUAUUCCUUCAUGCUCAUUCUUCAGGGGAUAUUGGGUGGUGGAGUGGUAUAUGGAGUGAGUACGUGGUGCGUCCACGCAAGAGGGCCAGUCUACGUGGCAGCAUUCACCCCUUUGUGGCUCCUCAUGAUGGCUCUUGCUGCCUUCCUUUUCUUGGACGAAAACAUCUACUUGGGAACAUUGCUUGGAGCAGGUUUGAUCAUUGCAGGAUUGUACACAAUAUUGUGGGGGGAAGAUAAAAAAGUCAAAGUUGGUAGUCAACAACCCAUUAAUUCCCAUACUCAAGAUACCACCAAAGUAUAGUUUUCAAAUCAAUGUGGAAUUAUCACACUUUAUAUUUGAAAAAAAAGCAUGGUUGUACUU